AUGCACCCCGCAGUGCUGCCGCUGGCCCUGUGCGCCCUGGGUGUCAUCGGAGGGCGGUUGGGAGCCUCCUUCGAGUUGUGGGUCGAGCCGGCGGUGCCGGUGGUGAAACACGGCGGAUCGGUCCAGCUAAAGUUGAAGACUACGUGCCAGAAUGCCGAAGCAUCCGGCAACGUGGAGACGUCGAUUCGGAAGCAGCUGGUGACGAAGAAGCCGGGGGAGACGGUGGUGGAGCUGCUCAACGUCACCGAGUUGAACUCCAGCGUCUUCUGCUACUACAUCUGUGACAACGAGAGGAAGGUGGUGACCACCAAACUCAUCGUCUACCGUCUGCCGGAGACGGUGGUGCUGGAGCCGGUACCGCAGCUGGCGGUGGGUGAGAGCCAGGAGCUGGUGUGCAGAGUGGAUGGCGCUGCGCCCAUCCAGAACCUGACGGUGACCCUGUGGCGGGGCGGCGAGAUGCUGCACACCAAAACCUUCAAGCAGCAGAGCCAGGACGAGGCGGUGUGGGUGACCCACCGGCUGACGGCAGAACGCCGGGACCACGGGCAGAACAUCACCUGCCAGGCACUGCUCGACCUGGCGCCCUACGGUCCACAGUCCAACACCACCUCCAACCCGCAGGCGUUGACCGUCUACGGUAAGCCACCACCGGCAUCUUACCGGCGUUUGCUCCACUGUGGUUGUGGCAACCGGCUCAUCCCGGAGUGUUUCUCUCCGGCGGCAGAAUUCCCGGAGGAUCCCAAGUUGGAGCCUCAUAUCUACCUGGAGAUCAACGAGACGGUGAACAUCAGCUGCACCGUCGGUCGCGUCUUCCCGGAGCCGCGGUUCGAGCUGGCACUCGCUAACCAGACCCUGCCGCUUACCGUCAGCCAGGACAGGCACCGGGCCACUGCCGAGGUGUCCCACAGCCGGCCGGGGGACUUCGGGCUGGUUUGCACCGUGGAGGUGGGACCCAUGAAGCGGCGUAAGAAGGCGACCGUCCACGUCUACCGUUUCCCCUCGCCGCAGCUGAACGUCAGCACCGCCAGCCCGGCAGCCGACACGGUGGUGACGGGGCUCUGCACUUUGCCGCCCGGCCACUCCACCGAGCUCCAGCUGUUGAUCCACGCCGGCCACCGCGUUCUGGCGGAGUGGGGACCGUCCCCGCUGUCCUUCAGCCUGAUGGUGCGUGAGGAAGACAAUGGGAUGGAGCUGAGCUGUGAUGCCAAGCUGCCCGUUGGCGGCAAAGCCCUGAAGAGGAGCGCACCCAUCCGGCUCACUGUCACCGCUGAACCCCGGAUGGACGAGAGGAGCUGCCCCCCCAGCCAGAACUGGACGGAGGGGCAGGAUGAGACCCUGCGCUGUGGGGCACGGGGCAACCCCCCGCCCCGCCUGGAGUGCACCAAGGACGGCGAGCCCUUCCCCGCCGGGGUGCCGCGCCCCGUCACCCGCGCCCACGCCGGCACCUACCGCUGCCGGGCCACCAACCCGCUGGGGACAGCCGUCCGGGACGUCACCGUGUGGGUGCACUACCACGACCCCGACGUGGUGCUCCUGGUGCUGCUGCCAAUAGUGGUGGUGGCCGCCCUGCUCGCCGGCGGGGUGGGCUACGGCAUCUACUACCGCAAGAAGAAAAUCCGGCAGUACCGGCUGCAGGAGCGGCAGAGGCGGCUGGAGAUGGAGUCGUCGCGGCCGUCGGGAUGCUCAGAGGAGACGGCCGCUCUCAACGGUUCGGCGCAGGAGGGUCAACCGUAG